AUGGCCGGCGCUCGCUGCCGGACCCUGUACCCCUUCUCCGGGGAGCGGCACGGCCAGGGGCUGCGCUUCGCAGCGGGAGAGCUGCUCACGCUGCUCCAGGUCCCGGACGGCGGCUGGUGGGAAGGCGAGAAGGACGACGGGCUUCGUGGCUGGUUCCCCGCCAGCUACGUGCAACUGCUGGAGAAGCCUGGGAUGGUCCCCCCUCCGCCGGGAGAGGAGAGCCAGACCGUCAUCCUUCCACCCGGCUGGCACAGCUACUUGUCUCCUCAGGGCCGCCGUUACUAUGUCAACACGACUACCAAUGAGACCACCUGGGAACGGCCCAGCAGUUCUCCUGGGAUUUCAGCCAGCCCUGGCCCUCACAGGAGCUCUCUGCCUCCAACAGUGAAUGGACACCAAGCAUCAGGGACCCUGGCGCACCCUCCAGAGACUGCCCACAUGAGUCUCCGAAAGUCCACCGGUGAUUCCCAGAACCUGGGAUCCUCGUCGCCAGGCAAAAAACAGAGCAAGGAAAACACCAUCACAAUAAACUGCGUGACGUUCCCUCACCCAGACACAAUGCCUGAACAACAGCUGCUCAAGCCGACUGAGUGGAGCUAUUGUGACUACUUCUGGGCGGAUAAGAAGGACCCCCAAGGCAAUGGCACUGUGGCUGGCUUCGAGCUACUGCUGCAGAAGCAGCUGAAAGGCAAACAGAUGCAGAAGGAGAUGUCCGAGUUCAUCCGGGAAAGGAUAAAGAUUGAAGAGGAAUAUGCAAAGAACCUGGCUAAGCUCUCUCAGAACUCCUUGGCUGCCCAGGAGGAAGGCUCUCUGGGAGAGGCCUGGGCCCAAGUAAAGAAGAGCCUGGCAGAUGAGGCUGAAGUUCAUCUCAAGUUCUCCGCCAAGCUCCACAGCGAGGUGGAGAAACCCCUGAUGAACUUCCGGGAGAACUUCAAAAAGGACAUGAAGAAGUGUGACCACCACAUCGCUGACCUCCGCAAGCAGCUGGCCAGCCGCUAUGCCUCUGUGGAGAAGGCCCGCAAAGCCUUGACAGAGCGGCAGAAAGACCUGGAGAUGAAGACCCAGCAGCUGGAGAUCAAGUUGAGCAACAAGACCGAGGAGGAUAUCAAGAAGGCGCGAAGGAAGUCCACUCAGGCUGGAGAUGACCUCAUGCGCUGUGUGGACCUCUAUAACCAGGCCCAGUCCAAGUGGUUUGAAGAGAUGGUGACCACCACACUGGAGCUGGAGCGGCUGGAGGUGGAGCGGGUGGAGAUGAUCCGACAGCAUCUGUGCCAGUACACACAGCUGCGGCACGAGACGGACAUGUUCAACCAAAGUACAGUGGAGCCUGUGGACCAACUGCUGCGAAAAGUGGACCCAGCCAAAGACAGGGAGCUGUGGGUCAGAGAGCACAAGACCGGCAACAUUCGCCCCGUGGACAUGGAGAUCUAGGUGCAGUGUGGCCCUGGGGGUCCUACUGAGGAGAGGGGCCGGGGUCCAUGGAGAAGGGGUGUGUCUGCCCUAUGACCUGCUGACCUGUCCCCGGAGGAAAAGAGCCGCUGAUGCCAGAAGGAGGGCCCAGCCAGGGGCUCCCAAACCUUCCCAGGCCAUAAAGAUGGACCCACAGCCCUGAGUCCAUCUCGAAGACUGAAGCCUCCCCCACCUCAACUCCCAUGCUGUGUUUGUCAGUCUGAGAGCAAACUAAGGCUAGAACCUUGGGGUCCCUGCUGAGUACCACAGGGGUGGCCAUCACACACCUGUGCCCCAGGUGUCCAAGGCCUGUCCUCCAGCUGGCAUCUCAUCCCCAGGAUUAUGAAAGAAGAAGGGAGGGGGUCUCUGUCUCCAAACAACGUCAGGAUCAGAAUCAAGGAUAGGAGGCACAGGGCAGCUCACAGCCCACACCCACAACCUUUUUCAGCCCUCCCUACUUUCCCCCAUUGCAUUUUGGGAGCCCACAUCUAUUUUCUUUUCAUCCCAACAUGGGGCGGAGGGUGUCUUCCCAAUCCAAAUCUGGAGAGGUCAAGAUGGAACUACCUCAGUUGGCACAACCAUAUCAUGGCCCCCUUCGGUUUCAGAUCAGGCAUUGGCUGUAAAGUCUACCACGGAAGUCCCAGCCUACCCUUCUCUCGGGCCCCUUUCUCAAGGAUGGAGCUCUCCACCUCACCCAGGCUCCCUUUCCCAGACUCAACAGAGGCUGUUUUCCAAAAGUCCUCAGGCAGCUGUGUAAAUGUUCAAAGGCUUUGGGGGUCAAGUCUCAGAAAGCCUUGCCUGCCACAAGCCCUCCCCCGCCCCCACCCCUCAACUCCAUGACAGCCGUGGCCAGCGCUCUCCCAUGUGGGAUGGCUGUGAGAGGCAGGCUAGCUUAUUCCGUGACGGCUCCUGCUGCGGGUGUGCAUGAUGGGGUAGGAACCGCUGUCCCCACUACUGGCACUGCUCAGUAGUGCAGAUUCUCAGGGCUGUAGGUUGUUGGCACCCAGGAAAAGAAGGACCUCUAGGAAGUCCCACAGUGAGCAGCGGGGCGGAGUCUAGCUGGGAACUGGUGCCCAGAGCGGGGGAUGGGGGGAGGGUUGGGGGCGGCAUCUUUCCUCCUCUUUUCCACAGAUGACUUUGUAUUUGACCUUCCCGUCUCCCUAAAGUACAGAAGCCUCUGAACACAGCUCACAUCUUUGAGUCUCACAUGCAAACAGCAGACAGCUUUCUCAGACCUUUGGGCAGCUCAUCCACAGAGCCGUCUCUCAUGGUUGGUAGGAAGACUCCCAAUACACUAAACCCAACUAAGCACUGUCGCCUUCCUUACUGGAACAUGUCAGCCACAAAGGCCACCGUGAGGGCAUUUCACCAACCUGCGCCCAGCAUUCCGGGGCUCAGCAUGGACCAUGCCACCAGCUGCCAGUAUUGGGAUCCUAUUUCUUGGUUUCCUUAUUUUAAAAAAGGGUGCUAGUGGUAAUUUGCUUUGUGGCUUAGCAACUUAGCUUGUGGAUGAUGCUAAAGUUCCAAGUCUUGUCAUACACAGGAGUUUGGGUACCACAGUGUGGCUCAUGGCUUUGUUCCCUCACCCCCAUCCAAAGCGUUCAGGGUCCCCUAGGAGGUCGCUUCCUCCAGCACAAGCCCAGUUGGCCGAUGUGAACCAGGUCAGUCUGAAGCCAUUUUCCUUCACUGUCACCUCAUCUCCUUCUCAAUCUACCCACACUCACCUUUCCCUUCUUUUUCCCAAGUCUUUCCAUUGCUCAUUUGUGAAGCAUUUUGCUAUAGACCAGCUCAUCUGAAGACAAGCUACAGCUCUGACAUGGCCUGUUUUGUAUAGAAUCGGCUCUUCCUGGCACAGUCUUGGCUCUCCCUCCUCGCACUCAGCCCGUGUGAGUUUCUCAGAGGUACCGGAUGUAUGCUGGUUUAUCUGCAUCUGUUUGUCUGCUCACUCAUUUUCUCAGUGAAUGCUUUGAGUACCGGAACUAGUCUUGUGCUGAGAGGAACUCUCGGCCCCCAGCCUCAGGUAUACAGGUGUGUAUACCUGCAUUGAAAGAGCACUGCACUUCCCUCCCACCCACUGGGAUUCUCCAAGUACUAGAGGAUUCUGACCCAGCAUCGAGAUUUGAGUCACCUCACUAGCAAACUCUCAGCUUAUACCCAGCUCCAAUUGGUUUUCAGUAUGAUUCUUCGUAGGAAGAGAAAGAACAUGGAGGAGGAGGGUGCCAGGAAAUGACACCAGGCAGGGUAGAGUCCAGUGUCCAGCCACCUUCACAGCACUCUGUGGAGGAGGAAAUCAAGACAAUUAAAUCCGAGAACCUGCAAGUCCCUGCCAGGGUUGAGGCUAAAGCUGCUGUUGGGGUCCUUGGUCCCUAGGCAGUGCUGGGACCAAGAGUCACACGUGUCUGGGCCAGUGCUCUACCACUUAGCUGCGCCCACCCCUGUGAUCUUGCUUCUGUGGACACGUCGGUACAUGAAUUCUGAGAGGAUUUGGCGGGUCUGUUCAGAGUGGGCGGGCAUCCAUUGUCCAGGCUGAGAGCAGCCGAGCCCUUUCUACCUGCCCCCACCUAGGAGUGCCAACGCUCUUCAGCUUUGUCUGCAAAACCUGAUUUAAAAAAAAAAAAAAUACUCUAAAAUGAAUGAUGUAAAAAAAAAAAUGGGUUAGUUGCCAUGGCAACCUUUCAUUAUUUUCUAGUACUUUUGAACAGUCCCACGGUGCGCAGGCCAGCUGAAGGAUGUGGAUGGCAGCCCAGGGCUGUCUCUGCUACGGGGGCCUGCCUUUCUACCUCCACACAGGACCCCAUGGGCUCAGGAGGAUCUCUGCAACGGUUGGCUAUAGCUGAAGCAAAGUAUCCAAAUUCAUGACAGGGGUUUGUGUGAAUUCCCUCUGUAAAAUCCAACCAGUUACCAGGAGAGUGGAUGGGUACAUCAAAGUUUUGGCUCAGCCGAAGCCCCUUCCUGGAAACACAAGCCAUAACAUUCAGAAGGUGUCAAAAGACCUUGGCUUGUUUGGGGGUUUGCUCCUAGCUGUGAGUGGCCUGGACAAGAAGUUAAAGGGAGUCUAAAGACCUGCUGCUACUAUGACACUAAGAGAGGUGUAUUAAGGAUACAAAGUAGGAGAGCAGGUCAGCUGCCUGAUGGCUUAGCCGAGAUACCCCCUCAUUCCCACACUUGUUCCCCUACCAAAAAGUAUCCCUCCACCCUCCUUUACAAGGUAAUUGAGAUGUGACUAAAAUAUAGCAAAAUUGGCGCAUUCAAAGAAUGUGUGUCUUUGGACCUUAACAUGUACGAUGGUGUCAGCCACAACAAAGGGUGGCGUCAAUGUCCCUGUCCCAAUAGUUUUGCCUUUCUCUGCAAUGACGUGUAAUUGGAGUCAUGCUGAUAUAACCUUCUGGGUCAGCCAUGAUGUCAUGCGUGUCAGCAGAGGGUCCUCUCAGCGCUGAGUAGCAUUCUAUCAUAUGGGUGGUCCCCAGGAUUUCCUUAGUUCUGAAAUGAGGGUUGUUGUUUUUUUUGUUGUUGUUGUUUUUGUUUUUUGUUUUUUUUUUAAUGCUCUAGAAGUCAUAGUCCCAGACCUCCAGUUUGUUUGUAAAACUGCUUCCAACCCACACCGCUUUCUGCUUUACCAGGCUCCUUCCCCAGACACCAGCCGUGUCCUCGGCUGGUUUUACAGGCACCUUGUUGCUGAUUCUAGUUGGGGGUCAGUGCAGAAAGCAGGAAGGGGCAGCCACAGAGUGUCACCCUGCACUGUCGAGGUGCAAGAAGACCCUUCCCCUCAUGGGGCUGUCACCUCAGUCCGAGGGGCCCUGUCGUUUAUUGAACAUUGACCCUUGGGCACAGCCUGACCCUUCCCUGAAUCUUUGUGCCAUCUGCCACUGGAGGGUGCUUAUUCUAGAAGGCUCCUGUGUUCUCUCUCCAUCCUGAGCUCCUCCCCCACCCCUUGCUUAUUAGCACCCUAUGCACGUGGUCAUAUGUGACCUGGUGUCAUCUUCUCAGCAGUGGUCAGGAAUCCUCAUGGUGGGCGCUUUUCGUGGUAGACCCAAAUGGAAAAAAAGUCAAGCUGAAAACUACUUCGUUCCUCUCAGAACUCCCCCCCCAAAGAAACGAUAAGUCAGUGCCACUACCUUCUGGGUCAGUCCCCAGGAGCCAGGACAAUGGUAAAGACAGGGCCGGCUGACCAAGCCCUUGUUGCUGGAUGUACCUUGACUUGCCAGCAGUCAUGCCGAGACUAGCUUGACCCUGCAGCCUACCAGUAGUGGCAGAGAUAGGACCAAGCCCAGCUGAGGCCAGGCCAGGCUGUGGGCAGGGCAACUGUGGGGCCUGCUCCUCAAGGCUGUCUUGCCCAGGUACUGCUGGGUGGAUCCCAGAAGGCUGUCGUGAAGAUUCAGGUAGACUGAGGCAUUCCUAGAUUCAGGUGAGGGCCAGAGCUGGGGAGCCUGAACCCAAGGGUCCCAAGAUAAAAGGAAAAGCUGCUAGGGCCCUGAGGCAGGAGAGCUCUUCACCCCUUCAACUGCGGGCUAAUUACUUCUGGAGGCAAGUUCCUGAGGUGAGGGACCUAUUUCUCAAGGGGCAAGCUCCAACAGGAGCCCCAAGAUCAAGGUUCCUCUGCCCUCAUCUUCUAGCACUGAGCGUGGCUCUCGGGGACUGAACUAUGGAGGCUUGGGCUGGGGGUGUGGGGACUGCCUUUAGACUCUUUCUGGGUUGUAUUAGGGAUACGGGCCCUUUGUGCUUGAGGAGAGUUUCCCGUCAGACUGCAGUGGUAGAGUAGGGAGGGCCAGAGCCACAGUGUGACCCUGGGGCAGAAAGCAAGAGCAGAGACAGGCCCUGCCCUGCUUCCCAGUUUGUCCUGCAGCCUAAGGUCGGGCAUCUAUGUGCUCACCUGUCCCUCCCUGCAGCCUCCUCAAUGGACAGAUUCUUGGACACAAGCUCCAGCAUUCCAAGGGACACCAUCUAAUCCAGGUGAGGGCUCCACUCUCCAUGUCUUCCCUUGCCCAGGGAAAGAGAUGUCCAGAGGCUUUCCCUUGCGACCUGAGCACAUCAGCAAACCCCAUGGAAGUGGAAUUUUCUAACAAAAUAAACUUGCUUGUUUGGUCUGUUUUCUGUAACUUUUGCUAAAUACUUUAUACAUUUUUAAUGUUGAAAAGCAGUGUCUCCUGCCAGCAUUCCUCUCCUGGGGAUGAAUGUUUAUUCCACGCUGUAUAUCUUUUCAUGCUCCGGCUGCCUAGACCAGUAAAUAAAAUGGAUGUAAUAUAAGUUGUAAGUAACAAUGUCAAAACUCUGGUCCCAGUGGAGGCUGGAUGUCUCCCCCACCCCAUAACAGCAUCUGUGUGUAUUAAUUCUGAAGAAUUAAAUGUUUAAA